GGAGCAUCUUUCUCCAGCACUUUGGGAUCAACUUUUACCAUUUUCUGUCCUUUCGGGUGUCAAAAGCAAACAAACAAAAGAAAAUGGGUAAUGAUGGUGGAAGUAUCCCCACUCGCCGCGAGCUCGUUCGCGAAGCCGCCCGGAAUCCCAGCACGGCGCAAUUGAAAGAAACCCAGCGCGAAUUGCAGGAACACUUCUGGAACACAUGUCCACUGUCGCAUAAGCAGUUAAUGCGGCCUAUCGUCUCCGACUGCGUCGGAAACCUCUUUAAUAAAGACUCCGUCCUACGAUAUCUGUUACCGGGAGAUGAAGCCGAGGGUAUCAGCUCGAAAGCCGACUGCGAUGAGUUUCUCUGUGGCCGGGUGAAGGGUCUCCGUGACGUUGUGGAGCUGAAGUUUGAAGUGGACACCGAGCACGGCGGACAUCCAUCUGGGAAGCACGAGAAGCGCGAGGGCUGGAUCUGUCCAGUCACCGCCAAGCAGUUGGGCCCGAAUGUCAAAUCCGUCUACCUUGUUCCUUGCGGACAUGUCUUCUCCGAAGAAGCGAUCCGUCAGCUGAAGGGCGAGAGGUGCUUACAGUGCGACGAACCUUACACAAUCGACAAUGUGAUAUCCAUACUCCCGGCGAAAGAGUCGGAUAAGCAGCAGCUGAUUGAGCGAAGCCAGAAGCUAGCUGAGCAAGGAUUGACACAUUCUUUGAAGAAGGCGCCUGGUUCGAAGAAGCGCAAGAAGCACGCCAAUGGCGAUGCUGUCGCUGCUCUCGCCAGUACCGAGUCAGAGGUCAAGCCGGGAAAAGAGUCAAGGCCAGUGUCAUCGUCAGCCUUGCGCACGAGGGAAGAAUUUGCCACUGCUAGCCGUAGCAACACGUCCACGCCUACUUCAAAUGUUCCCAGUGGGAUCAAGAAUGCAGCCACCGCCAUGCUAACUGCUCGUGUACUUGAGGAGGAGAAUGAGAAGAAAAAGCGACGCAAGCUGAUGGGACAUAAUGACAACCUAAGCAGUCUCUUCACGAAGGAAUCCGAUAAAGAUGGAAUGUCAAAGAAUACUGACUUCAUGACCCGAGGUUUUACCCUUCCUGCAAAUUCUAGGCACCGAGCUUGAAUGCCUCCUUCUUGCAUUCUGCUCAUUUAUGUCACAAAACUGGCGUUUCAAGCAUUGGCUUCUCGGUGGAAGUUCGGCAAAGCAUAGGACCUAGCUCAUUACCCCAAUUUCUUUAUAUAAUAGAUUUGAAUUUUUGUACUGAUACUUUCAACGAUAUUUGAACG